UUUGUUCACCAGGCCCUUGCCCACGAGCUGCUGAGCCUGCCAGGAGGCCCCUCCUGUGCCUACUACCUGGCGUUGGCCCAGACCUGCUUGCUGAAGGAAGAUCUCUCCAAAUGUGAGGACUGUCUCUGCGAGGCCGUUAGGAUGGACUACGUGAAUCCAAACGUCUGGGCUCAGAAAGGGCACCUGUGCUACCUGAAGGGGGAUUUGGGGGAGGCCAAGGAGUGCUACGAGAGAGCCAUCAGCUUUGGGGAGGCUCCUGCAGAUAUCCACUUCCUCUACCUGCGCCUGGGCUCCAUCUACCUGGAAGAGAAAGAGGAGUGAGGAUACGGCCAGGCAAAGGAGAUCUACCUGCUGGCCUGCAAGAACUCUGCCUCCUGUCUCACCUGGCUGGGGGUGGGAAUCUCCUGCUACAGGCUGGAAGAGAUGGAGGAGGCAGAGGCUGCUCUCUCUGAAGCCAACGCCCUCAAUAACACCAACGCUGAAGUGUGGGGCUAUCUUGCCCUCAUCUGCCUGCAGGGUGGCCGGGAGCUGGAGGCAGAGCAGUGCUACAAGUACACCAGCAAG